AUGUCUCUUGAUAUGCUUUUGCUGGAUUCGAAGUCGACCAUGAUGCCGGCUACUGUGAAUGUCAACCGUCUCGCAGCUCAUCGGCCAAAUCUGGAAGCUGGAGUGGUCUAUUCUCUUACCGUUAAUGAGAGGAGAGCAGUUGAGACGAUAGGUGUCGGGAUGAGAAGCUUUACUUUGGAGAGGAAGAAACCAUACACAGCUGAUGGUAUUGAGGCAUUGGUGAAUGCUAUUGAGGAAGAUGUAAUGAUUACUUUUGUAUUAGCGUUCCACCUCUUCAUCACUCAUAAUUCAUAA